AUGUUGCCAUGUAUUUUUGUUUUGUUGUUUGUAAAUAGUCUGGCAGUGCCGUCAUGCGAGUGUAAGUGAGGUUUGGUUUAGUGCUAAAACUUUUUUUUCAAAUACAUCUGGGCAGGGCUAGGCCAGAUAGGAUAGUUCAGGGUAGGUUAAGGUCAGACAAGUUAGGAUAAAGUAGUGUAGGAUAUAGUAUGCUACAGUAGGGUAUGUUAGGGUAGGGCAGGGUAGAGUAGAGUAGGUGGUAAGAGGUUGGGUAGAGUAGAGUAUGUAGGUGUAAAGCAUGUUAAUGUGGUUUAUAAAGUACGAAAGCUUUAAAAAAGUUUUGUCGUUUUUCUUCAUUUAAACGUAUGUAAAUCGGCGCCAAGACUUUUUUAACGCUUUAAGUGGGUAUAUAUGAAGCGGGUAAACUAGUUUUAUCUAACAAAGGAGUAGGAGAAAUUGAAGAAAAAAUAUUUUUGAAACGGGGGCCGGGGUACGGAUGUAAAUUUUUAAAUUUUUUUAAAAUUUUUUUUUGAAAAAAGUUGAAAUUGGCUUUUUCGAAUCUGCAUUUUUCUAAAUUUCUAAAUUUUAAAAUUUUCUUUUAUCUUUUGACAGGGUAGAUCAACAUAUAUUACAAUAUAAAUAUAUGUAGAUAUAUAUAUAGAUAUAAUCACUUAUUUCAGUAAAAGAAUGCGAACGAUGGAUAAUAACAAUCGUGCCAAUGUUCACGGAGAGCUUUAGCCAAAUUAAUGUGUUACACUCAUUAACCAACAUUCUACUCGAGGACUGUGAAUGGUAUCUGGGUUAUGUUCAUGUCUUUUUCCUCGACAAAUACGGUCGAUUAAGGCCGUUGGUGGACCCUUCUAACUUUGAUACGAUUGACGAAAAUGUCAGUUUUUAGGUAUUAUUACUAUUAUAUCGUUUAUAUAACAGGUAUUUCGCAUGAUCAACAGUAGUGUCGGGCAGGGUAACUAUUUUAAGAAAGUGGAUAGGAGGUAGAAAAGAAAAUUGUUUUUGAAAUGUAAAAAAUUUUUUGAAAGCGUGGGGUGGGGAAGAUAUAAAAAUUGAUUUUGGUAUAACUAAUGUAGUGACAUUUCAGUUCGCCGACUACAAAUUUACAGAAAACGAAACAGCGUCGGCUUACAUCAAAGGAACGUUGAUAGCGAUUCAGAAAAUGCCACCAGCCGAAGAGGGAAAUGGUCGAUAUAUAUUUGCUGUCACUGAUUUUGAACAAACUAAAGGUCAGUUAGCUUUGAUAAAGAGUUAGGUAGAGGUUACAGAAGGUUAGAGGUAAUGGUAGGGUAGGGCUAGGGCAAGAACAUUUAUCAAGACUAGAAAAAUGAAUAAGAACUUGACUAAUAUUAGGACAUAGACGAGGAUUAAGACUACGACAAGGACCGAGAGUAGUGUUAGGACUAGAGCUAAGGUCAUGAAUAGUAUUAGGACCAGGACUAGCACAAUGACUAGGACCUGGACUAAGACUAGGGCUAAAACGAUGAUUAGGACUAGGACCAGGAUCAAGACUAUGACCAGGACUAGGGUUUGGGCGAACUAGGGCUUGAACUAUAGCUAGACCAUGACCAAGAGAAGGACUAAGACUAGGAGAAUAACUAGAAUACUUCAGGGUAGAGUGAUGCAAAAUAAACUAAAAUAUCAUGUUUUUUAAUUUUUAUAACUGUUUCUUUUAGCUAAACACCAAGCCGAGAUGAUGGGCUUAAUAGACAACGAGCUAAUUUCAAAAGGUAUUCUAUUCCGAACCUUUAGUAUAGACAUUGAAUCAACAAAUCUAGACCCAAGUUCUAUAUUCACGAUUGAUACUCGAACCAACGCUCAAGGAUCGAAUAUUUUAAGUUUACAAUUACGAGAGACACAGUCUGUAGUCAAUCAGGUACGACCUUGUAAACCAUUGACUGUGCAACAGAAACUGGCUGGACUGACUUACGAGAAACGGUUUCAUUUGCGUUACAUGAUUCUUCAUAGUAAGUUACUUUACAUUACUAAGGUAGUGUAGAGUGGGUAGAAUAGGGUAGGGUAAGGUAGGGUAGGGUAGGGUAGGGUAGGGUAGGGUAGGGUAGGGUAGGGUAGGGUAGGGUAGGGUAGGGUAGGGUAGGGUAGGGUAGGGUAGGGUAGGGUAGGGUAGAGUAGGGUAGGGUAGGGUAGGGUAGGGCGUAUUAAAAUAAAUUUAAAAAAUUUUGUUACAGUAACUCCCAUUCUUUUAGACCCAAACGAAUUUUACAUUGGAAUGAUAUUUUUUGGUCUAGCCAUGAUACUAGCCAUUGGAGCACUACUAUAUAAAAAAUGUAUAUUAGAUCGUCGAAUAGAAUACAAAAACAUGAAAAGAUAA